GAGCAGAGGGGUUGCUUGGCUCUUGCUUCUGCUCCCCCCCCCUCUCCUUGCUGCCGCCCUCAGGUCGGCCCUGUUCUAUGGCCUCCAACGAUAUGUGGAUGACGCCCAAAAGGAACAAGAUGGAAGUCGACGAAUCUCGUGUUUUCCGGCCUGAGUGGACCCAGCGUUACUUGGUGGUGGAGCCUCCCGAGGGCAACGGGGCCUUGUGCCUGGUCUGUCGCCGCCUUGUCGUAGCUACCCGCGAACGCGACGUCAGGCGGCACUACGAGGCCGAGCACGAAUACUAUGAUCGGUAUGUGGCGGAGGGCGAGCGCGCGGCCCUAGUGGAGCGUCUGCGUCAGGGCGAUCUCCAGGUGGUCUCUCAGCUCACUCCGGAAGAGAGAGCUGCUCGUGCAGGCCUCGGGCUCGCCCGCCUUUUGGCCUUGAAGGGUCGCAGCUGGGGAGAGGGGGACUUUGUGUACCAGUGCCUGGAAGUGAUAUUGAGAGAGGUGCUGCCAGACCACGUAGGCGUCCUGGAGGGUAUUGAUUUAUCUCCAGAAAUCACUGGGCAGAGGAUCCUGAACAUUGACAGGAAUCUAUGCAAUCAGCUUUUUAACCGAGCCAGGGACUUUAAAGCCUAUUCCCUUGCUUUGGACGACCAAGCUUUUGUGGCCUAUGAGAACUACCUCCUGGUCUUUCUCCGCGGCGUGGGCCACGACUUGGAGGUGCAGGAGGAGCUUCUGACCAUCGUCAACCUGACUCAUCACUUCAGUGUGGGUGCCCUGAUGACUGCAAUCCUAGAGGCCCUGCAGACAGCUGGGCUUAGCUUGCAGCGAAUGGUUGGACUGACCACGACCCACACUUUGAGGAUGAUUGGUGAGAACUCAGGAUUGGUCUCCUACAUGAGAGAAAAGGCUGUAAGCCCCAACUGUUGGAAUGUUAUUCAUUAUUCAGGAUUUCUUCACUUGGAACUACUGAGCUCCUACGAUGUAGAUGUUAAUCAGAUUAUAAAUACUAUAUCCGAAUGGAUAGUCUUGAUUAAGACCAGAGGCGUUAGGCGACCCGAGUUUCAGACUUUACUGAUGCAGUCUGAGUCAGAGCAUGGUGAAAGGGUUAAUGGACGAUGUCUGAACAAUUGGCUUCGAAGAGGGAAAACGUUAAAACUAAUCUUCUGCCUAAGAAAAGAGAUAGAGGCAUUCUUGGUUUCAAUAGGGGCCACCACAGUCCACUUCACAGACAAGCAGUGGCUUUGUGACUUUGGCUUUUUAGUGGAUGUUAUGGACCACCUUCGCCAACUCAGCGAAGAGUUGCGAGUUAGUAAAGUCUUUGCUGCUGCUGCUUUUGACCAUAUUUGUAAUUUUGAAGUUAAGCUGAAUUUACUUCAGAGACACAUUGAGGAAAAAAAUCUGACACACUUUGCUGCCUUCAGAGAAGUUGUUGAUGAGCUUAAACAGCACCUUAAAGAUGAUCAGAAAAUAUUUGAACCUGACAGAUACCAAGUAGUGAUCUGUCGCUUACAAAAGGAAUUUGAGAGACAUUUCAAGGACCUCAGAUUCAUUAAAAAGGACUUAGAACUUUUCUCAAAUCCAUUUAACUUUAAACCUGAACAUGCACCCAUCUCAGUAAGGAUGGAGCUAACAAAACUACAGUCAAAUACCGAUCUUUGGAAUGAAUACACGAUCAAAAACUUGAGACAGUUCUAUGCUGGAUUGUCUGCUGAGACUUACCCAAUUAUCAAAGGGGUUGCCUGUAAAGUGGCAUCCUUGUUUGAUAGUAACCAAAUCUGUGAAAAGGCCUUUUCAUAUUUGACUCAAAAUCAGCAUACUUUGAGCCAGCCAUUGACAGAUGAGCAUCUCCGAGCCCUGUUUCGGAUUGCCACAACUGAAAUGGAGCCCCAUUGGGAUGAUCUUCUAAGAGGAAGAAAUGAGUCUAAUCCAUAAACUUUUGUAGUACAAUAAUGAAAAACGCUAGGAAAUCAAUUCU